CUAGACAUAUCUGGUUUACAUAUAUGGUUUCAUCACAAAACAGAGCCCAUUGUUCCCUACAAUGAUAUUUAAAACUACGACAAACAAUAUGUCUUUUGUAAUGCCUCAGGACCUGGGAUUAUCUCCCAGUUAUGCAUUCUAUUAUAAAGCUGGAUGAGGCAGACUGGCUGGGUCGGUCCAAGUGCUACCACAGGAGAGGGGGACGGGCUUCCCAGUCACUCACUAGCUGUUCUUCAGCCAGGACAGAGAAGGAUAGAGAAAGGAGCAGAAAGAGUGCGAGGAGUGUAAGCAACGACAACGGACACUGAAGAUGGUGCUCCUGACUGCCAAAAUCAUGGAGAGGACUGCGCUCUUUGUGAUAUUCGGGGGUCUGGUCACUACUCUGGUCACCACCUUCAUUCCCCUGUGGAAGACCUUGAACUCAGAGCUGAACGAAGUGGAGAACUGGUACUCAGGCCUGUGGCACAUCUGCAUCUUUGCCGAGGAGGUUGGGAUGCAAUGUAAAGCCUUUGAAUCCCUCAUGGCCCUGCCCAUGGACUUGCUGGCUUCCCGGGUGCUCAUGCUGGUGUCUGUGGGUACUGGGGCCCUAGCCGUGGUGGUGGCCUUCCCAGGCCUGGAGGGGGUGGAACUGGGCUCUGGAAGGCAGCAAGGGUUAAAGAGGGGCCUCCUCAUUGUCAGCGGGGUGCUGUCCUGGGUGUCGGGGCUCACAACACUGGCCCCCGUCUCCCUGGUGGCCUACGUGACCCUGGUGGAGUUCUGGGACGAGAACCUGCCUGACGUCGUUCCACGCUGGGAGUAUGGCGAGGCCAUGUUCUCCGGCUGGUUUGCGGGUCUCUUCCUGGUCAUUGGAGGCUCUCUUUUCUUUGUGGCUGUGUGCAUGGCGGAUCACGACGGGCAGCAGCGAGUGGCCAGUCUCCCAAACACCCCCCAGGAGAAGCCAAGGAGUCAGUACUACUUAAAGACAGAGGUUUUAUAGUCUCAUUUUCACUUAAUGAAUGGUGGUAGCUUAAAAUGCCUAGUUUGAAGGAGAAUGAUAAAGUUGAAUUCAGACUGCGACUGCCUGGGUUCAUUUUGAAAUAUGAAAGGUCACGUUUGAAAUGUUUGAAAGAUAUAUUUGUAUAUUUCAAUAUUGUUGAACAUGGAUCAAGUGCUGUAUUUCCGAUGGAAAAGUGCAAUGAAAACCUUUUGUCUGUAA